UGCUCGCACCGGCCGCGUGGCGGUGGCGACCCCCUUCCCUUUCCCCCGGUACACGCCUCCACUCUCGUCCACCCAUCGGCCCCCCUAACAGCCAUGUUAACCACCGCGAUUAUCCCUCGCCCAAUCCCGUCUUAGCCCGAGCCAAGCCAGCCGGCGUGCGUGUGGAGAUAGAGAGCAGAGGAGAUAGAGGAGGAAGACGCCCUAUUGGCCGGGAACCUCACUCCCUCCCUCCCUCCCUCCCUCCCUCCGCGCCCAGUGUGAGAAGCUAUGAGUGGCAUGGGAUCGCGGCCGGGAGAGAGCAACCUGGUGGAGCCGAGAGGGCUGCCGUCCGGCAUGGCGAUGCAGCCCUGGUGGACGGGGACAGGGUUCGGGGCCGUGUCUCCGGCCGUCGUGGCGCCCGGAAGCGGGGCGGGGAUCAGCCUGUCGAGCAACCCGCUCGGCGGCGGCGCGGGCAAGGGCGCGACGACGCAGGGGAAGAAGAAGACGGCCGACGACGACCCGCGCGCCGAGAGUAGCGACGACGACUCCCAGAGAUCAGGGGAACCAAAAGAUGGAAGCUUUGAAGUAGAAAAUCAACGUGCCACGUCGCGGAUGCCUGCUUUGGCCACAGACUAUUUAGCACCAUACUCACACCUAGAACUAAACCAACCGAUGGCUUCGGCAACGUACCCGUACCCUGAUGCUUACUACACAGGCAUGGUCGGUCCCUAUGGAGCUCAAGCAGUGGCUCACUUCCAGCUACCCGGGCUGACGCACCCUCGCAUGCCGCUGCCUCUGGAAGUGUCCGAGGAGCCCGUGUACGUGAACGCCAAGCAGUACCAUGGCAUUCUGAGGCGGCGGCAGUCGCGCGCCAAGGCCGAGCUCGAGAGGAAGGCGAUCAAGGCCAGGAAGCCUUACCUCCACGAGUCCCGGCACCAGCACGCGAUGCGGCGGGCGAGGGGCACCGGCGGCCGCUUCCUCAACACCAAGAAGGACGAGAACGGCGCCUCCAAUGGCGGCAGAACCGAAGCAAACAAAGGCGAGCAGAGCUCCGACUAUCUCCGGGUGCCGCCGGACCUGCAUCUCCGUCAGGCGUGAAGUGGCACCCCUUGAUGCAACCUAGAACAGCGGCUUCCUCCGACCGCCGGCCGGCGCACGGCGCCCCGAGGGUGGAUCUCCGUCCGUCCUGGUGUCUGGUGCCCGUGGGUCAGGGUCUGCUGCUGUCUCCAGGCAAUUCAUUCUUGGCUUUCGCAUUUUGUCACCUCUGUUGUUGUUGUUGUUGUUGUUGUUGUUGUUGUGCGAACUAAACUAGGCUGUGCUCGCGGCGGCGCCGAGACUGCUGCGGGGCGCGUGUAAGAUUGAUGAUUGACUCCGGAUCGAUAGCGUUUGUGUGUACUGCGGUAGAGUGGGAUUUGGCUUGCUUUUGAGAAUUGGGUAGUGUAACAAAUUAUGGGCGGUGCAGGGCUGAACCUCGAUGUGCAGAGAAUAGAACUGGUGUCAGCAUUCUUCA